UGAAGACUCUGAAUAUACUACUUAGAUUCCUUAAUUACAUCCCCAAUCACUCAGGUAACCGCAAUCGAGCUCAUGUUAAACAGUUCCUGGUUGCUUGUUCGUAUUCGUCAGACGUUGCAAAAAGCGUCGAGGAGAAGAACAACGCGUCGUCUGUCCAGCCCUCUGUCCGUUUCGGGCUUUGGCUGAGCAACGGUAGGUGCCAGGUGAGAGGCAUCCUGUUCUCAGGCAAGCGCCCCGAGACCAGAAUUAGAAUGGCUGGUCGCAACGAACCCACCACCAUAAAGGCCUCCCCGCGAUUGGCCGCAAAACCGCGCCACGGGCUGGGCGUUUCGCACUUCGCACUUCACUUACCGCAGUUUCUCAGCUUCGUAGCUUCGCAGUCUUUUCCCCACCAACGGCCAAGAGCAUUGACAUUGACCUGAAGAACGCAGCCACCAGUAACCAGGCGCACUCAAAGUGUUGACCACAAUCCGUCGAGUCAAUGUCUGGGGUAUCCAUUGACUCGGACCCAAGCCUUCUGUCCUUUGAAAUGGACAACUCGCAGCCACUACCAACGUCUUCGGCGCCAUCGACUCCCUCUUACUCACAGAGAAGAAAGCGCAAUUUCACCGAGGGCCAGCAGGCCAGAGUCAAGUGUGACAACUGUCGCGAUGCCCAUAUACUAUGUAGCCCGCCCAGGACCAGCCCGACGCCUCUGGGGUGCGACACGUGCAAGAGAUCAAAGAGACACUGUGGCGGAUACACAGUAAAGGUCCGACGAGAAAAGAGACAGAAGGAACCCGAACAAGCGCCGCGAGCGACUCCUUCCCAAUCCCGUCUCCCACCGGCUCCUGGAACCUUAAACCGCUCGACGACAACUGCUCAAAAUGCAUUGGAAGCGGCGUUGCCGGAAGUAAUCGAAAGCCAAGGCGAUUACGGCGCGGGAGACGGUGAAAGCUUGCCCAACACUCCGACCAGAACCUUGUGGCCUAGCCAGAGCCAGGAUUGGGACUUUCAGGAUUUGGUGGAUGCAGCCAUCAUGUUCCAACUCAACAAGAUCGGGCGCGUCAUUCGGAUGCGUCAACAGCAAAGGGUCCUCGACCUUUUUGGCACAACCCAUCAACCUCGGGUCGAGGACGGCGGGCUGUAUCGGUCUCUCAACGAGUUUGCCAGUCAGCUGAGGAACAGAGCUCAGCGACGAAUGGCCAGAGUUACGGCGAGGUCUGCAGAGGAAAUUUUGCUGCGCCAGAUUCUUGCUGCUCUCGGCCCCCCAACCUGCAAAUGUGAUAUUGCCGUCGAGAUGAUGAGAGGCGAGGUUUUUGGAAGCGAGCUUCUUAAAUUCGCGUCGUCCAUCUCCCAGUCCAGCCGAGGCCUGUCAGGCGAGAAUAUAAGAAAGCUAGACGUGCUGUGGGAUAAGUUGGGAGAAACCGCUCCUCGCAUCAAAGAAGUAUUUCAUGCAGACGUUGAACUCCUGGUAGACUACCACUUCCUCGCAUCGGAGUUUUUGGCGGUUCUAAUCAGCACAUCAUGGGGCUGCGACAUGAGAGACAACGAGUUCAUCGACCUCUCAUUCCUUUGGGGCUGCAUCUUCCCGCGCCUUCUAGAUGCGCUCAACAGAGACCGGGAUCUAGCCUGGCUGCAGACGCGGACGGGUGUUGUGAAAGAGUUCCUCGACCAGGAACCUGAAUUCACAUACACAUGGGUGGGCGAAUGGGGCCAAACAUUCUUCCACGUGGCGACCUUGUUUGAGAAGAGAGACGAAAGUUGGGACAUGUUGAAAGCCCUUACCGCAACCAUGCAGACAGAUGAUGACGGCAGGACCGUUUUGCAUUAUGCCGCCGCUGCCGGCAACGAAGCUGCCUGUCGAGCUAUGGGCCUCGGCGAUAUUGGGGUCCGCGAUCGGGACAACCGAUUACCCGUAUAUUAUGCGGCUCGCAACGGGCACCACGCCGUGACAAGGUUCUUGACGGAAUAUAUGUGAGCGGAUAUGGUGAAUAUGGUGGACAGUGGAGAAGGUGGACAGUGGAGAAGGUGGACAGUGGAGAAGGUGGAUAGUGGAG